AUGCGGUUAAUUGAGAAUACAAUGAAGAAAAAACCCAGCAAUAUCAAGUCUCUUCCGAGGGAGAUGUUGGCAGAAAUUCUUAGACAUGCAGCUUCUAAUUCAAUUGUUGAUUUCCGCAGUGUUAAAUUAAGUUGCAAGGCUUUUCUUGAAGCAUCCAAUGAUAAUUAUAUCUUUGAGAAUGUUUCGAUGGAGAAUAUCAGUCCUGUUCCGUGGUAUAAAAAAGAGAAAAUCUUUUUAAAAAGAUGCAAAGACGCCAAGAAUGCAGAAGCCUUAUAUAGAACAGGGAUGCUCAAUUUUUUUAGCAAGAAAAAACUGGAGUCAGGAUUGCGUUAUUUAAAGAAAGCAGUCGAGAAAGAUCACGUCGAAGCCAAAUAUGUGUAUGGCAUUAUCUUGAUUUGUUUGGGAGGUGAGCUUAAACAAAAGGGUCUUCAAAUUGUGUCUUCUCUCGAUCGCACGAGCUCUAGCACAAGAAAUAAAACUAACAAGAUGUUGAGCGUGAUGUGGGUUCGUGUGUCUUUGCAGAGACCAAAAGAAUCUGUCCACAACACAAAACUCAGCUGCAAUUCUGAUGACAAUUUGAGUUCAGAUCAAGGCCAAGCUUGGGAAGCAAAAUAUAAUCCAUUGGAUAACCUCUCUUGUUGUAAUUCUUGCUUUUGGGAGACUGAAGCAACUUUAUUUUCUGACAUGAGUUCAAUUCGAUUACACUUUUUGUUGAACAGGCACGCAGCAGCCCCUGAGGAACUAAGGACAGACUGGAGCAAGUUUUCCAAAGACUAUUUCCGGAACCAUUCAACAUUAGUCUCAGUUUUCCUGCUUACAGAUGCUAGCAUUCCUGCAAAGAAAAUUGACCUUGAAUAUGCUAGUUGGCUUGGUCCGAACCAGAUCCCCAAGACACUGAUCUUCACCAAAUGUGACAAGCGGAAGAAGAAAAAGAAUGGAGCGAAAAGGCCUGAGAAAACGUGA